AUGCGAAAAUAUCUGACGACGCCAAGGAGACCAUCCAGGAGUGUGUGUCCGAGUACAUUGCCUUCAUCACUGGGGAGGCCAACGAGCGCUGCCAGCGCGAGCAGCGCAAGACCGUCACUGCCGAGGACAUCCUCUGGGCGAUGGGGGAAGCUUGGCUUCGACAACUACGUCGAGCCUCUCACUCUUUUCCUCCAGAAGCACCGGGAGUCGGAGAACAGCGACAGGUCCACUCUGAGAGCUGAGUUUAUGAAGAGGGAUCGUGCAGUGGAUUUUGGACCUGCCGGGCCCCCGAUUGCCCUGAUGCCUCCUCCACCGCCUUAUGGGCCGGGCUAUCCUUUUGGGCCCCAGCAUGGUCCUGGGAUGUUCGACCCAUCCAUGCUUGGGAUGUUUAGGGAUGGGUCGUCAUCUGGCUCGGGUGGGGGAGCUGGGUCUUCGUCGGCUUCAGGAGAUCAGGGCCAGAAUUCCUUGGAGGGGUUUGAUCCGUUUGCUCAGUUCAAGUGA